AUGACCCAUACCGCACAAGCGCGAAAAAUUACGCCAUCCUUUUCCCAUCCACAGUGCGCACAACGAAUUGCCGUUGAGCAUAGAAAGCUCGCGGAAAUACCGGCAACCUCUACCCAACGUUCAUGCAAUAACCUCGAUCACCUCUUCCUAAACGCUGCCUGAAUCCAUCGCCGGCGCAUA